GGCCAUGGCGCUGUGUACAUCAUUCUCCAGCAGUCCGUCUAAAAGAAGCUAGUUGUUUGUGUGUUUGUGGUUUCUGUUUCCGCCGGAAGUGCUACGUCAUCGAGGUGAUGUACUUCCUGGUUUAUGUUUGUGUCAGAGCGCCUGCGCAGCUCUCAGAGUCUCAGUAAAGUCUGAUCAUGAGUCUGAUCUCUCCCUCAGUCUGAUCCACACCAACAUCUCGGAGAGUUUUAUCCUCCUCAUGUGUCAGGGUUUAUUGCUGUCUGCUUUCUCAUAGAGGAACACUUUCUCUUUCGGGUGAUGAUGGAGUCUCCCCAGGCGGAUGAUGAUAUCUGUAUCCUGAAGCACGAGACGGCGUACGCGGCCGAGAGCCCAGUGGCGUUGUGCUCGGGGGACGAGUCUGUGGCGUCUCACUUCGCCCUCGUCACCGCCUACGAGGACAUCAAGAAGCGUCUGAGGGACACGGAGAAGGAGAACACGCUGCUGCGCAAACGGGUCAAACAGCUGGAGGACAAGUUGUUCAGACCUGAAGCCCCCCCCUCUGAAGGGCCGCAGUACAUGAAUAAAGCGUUCAGUGCGUAUCGUGGAAUCUACAUGGAGAAGAAAGACCUUCAGGCAGAGCUCAGUAAACUGAAGAAGGAGAGAGCCGAGUCAGAGAGGAUUUUAACUGAACAGCUGCAGGCCAAAGAGCUGGAACUACUACAGCUCAGAUCAGAGAUGGAGACCAGCCAGGUGAUGAAGAGUCUGAAUGAGACACAGGAUUACUGGCACGUGAAUCGAGACAGCAGUGAAGUGCAGAUACACACUCUACAGGAGGAAGUGCAGAGACUCCGACUGGAAAACAACCACUUACACACACUCUGCACCCUCCGACAGGAGGUGUCUGAGAGCCCAGUAAAGAAUGAUGAGAUCCAGCAGGGGGCGCCACCGUACUGCAGCAGGCCUAAAGUAAUGAGUGUGUAUGAGGACGUGUGCAGUGAAGUGUCCCGUCUACACACACUGGUGAAAAAUCAGAGUGAACUGAUGAAGAAACUCAGAGACAGACCCGUAUUGAAGAGAGCCUCCUCAGCUGUUCCUGUGCAGUGUUUGGAUGAUGUGGACACAAACCAUUCGCCUGUCCGAGCUCCGAUUCCCCGCCCCCCCAGUGCCCCACCCCUUCAUGUGGCCCCGCCCCCUGGAACCUCAUACACAGAGAACUGGAAGGAGGUGUGGCCUCUUAACCGCCCCUCCCCUUUAGGAAGCCCCGCCGGCCCGCCCGGCCCACCUCAGCACGCCGCCUCCUCAUUGGACGAUGGCUCCUGGUCUAUCCCCGCCCACCCCGCACCGGACCACCCACUGUUUUGGGAGGGGCCAAAGUCCAGCAGCGCCGAGUGGUCCAAGCCGUACUGACGGACACGUGACUCGUCCAAUCACAUCCUGCCUUAAGACCGCCGCCCAGACUGAGAUACCUCACACUGCUCUCACCUGGGCCUGUACAUACACUUCCAGAGAGAGCGCGUGUGUGUGUGUGUGUGUGCGCGUGUGUGUUCUCUUUCCUGUCUUGAUGUUUUUAUUCUCCUGACUGACAGAAAGCUCCAGUCCGCUGUAUAAUGUGCCCUCACCUCUCCCUCUUCAGGAGUAAAUUUACCCAGAAGUCAUUGCUCUUAUCACGUUUUGUUUUUUUCUUUUUUAAGUUUUACUAUAAAGUCAGUUGUUCUGUUGCUCUAAACACUGUUUCUACAGAAUUAUAAGUAAAAAAUUAAAAGCUAAAGCUAGUCAGCUACUCAGCCGUCAGGUGCUGUGUCCGCUAAACGUGGUUAGCCAGCUAGCUAGAAAGCUAAUAGCUCUUUUAUAAACGAGGGCUAAAAACUUGCAUAGCGCUGUAGCUAACAUACAGCGGGAGAGAGGUCUAUGGGGAGGGGGCACUUACUUUUAAACUCAACUUAGAGAUCUAAUAUAUACAGUAUAUAUAUAUAUAUAUGUGUGUGUGUGUGAGUGAGAGAGAUUGUGAUUCGAUCAGGGUGAUUAAACAGGAAUCGGAGCACAGGGUGUGUGUGUGUGUGUGUGUGUGUGUGUGAGAAAGAGAACGGCUUGGAAAAUGUGUGUGUGAAGGUUUACAGUUGUGUUUAGACUAACACACUCCCAGUGCUGUAUCGAACAGUACAAGCGUUAAUGUGCUAAAUGAAGGACCAGUGUGUGUGUGUGUGUGUGUGUGUGUGUGUGUGUGUGUGUGUUGAUAAAUCAGAUGAAUAGGAAACUGAUGUAAAUGUGAUUAGUGUGUUUGUGCACAGUGGGUGAGUGGCUCUGUUUCGUGGUGUUAUUUUAUCCGUGUGUGUGUGUGUGUGUGUGUGUCUGCGUCGGUGCCCAAAUGCAACGUGCAGCUGACGUACAUCGUUUUCUAGCUCGACUCUCUCUUUGUAAAUAAUAAAGUCAGCUGAAUGUUAGUGUUUGUGUUUGUGUACAACUUCACACAUCAUGAUCUGGGUUUCACACACACACACACACACACACAUCAGGUGUGAGAGAUGUAACAUUAGAACAUAAAUUUUUAAUCAGUUCUGUUUACACUGAAUAUCUUCAUUAAGUCCAACCCCCUUUCUCAUGAAUAUUCAUUAAACUCAUGAAUGAUGUUUAAA